AUGUCUUUUUCUGAAGCUGACGAUGAUGUUCAGGAAGUGGUACCAGGGGAAGGAGCUCCGUGCGAGCAGGAGGACACGUGUGCUGAAGAUGGGGAGGUGCCAAGGGAAGGAGGGGUCGAGGAAGAGGGAGAGGCGGGGGAAGGGGAGGAUAAAGGGGAGGAGGAGGGAGAGGAGGUGGAGGGAGUGGGGGAAGAUGACAAAAGAAAACCCACGGGAAAAGAGGCAGAUACAGCGUGUAAGGCAGGAGAUGCACAGUACAGGAAAGCAGACGGGCGUCUCGCAGCAAGGCGAAAGGAGGGCAAUGCUGCGAACAGACAGAACGGUUCGCACCAGAGCGUUUUGCCAGGGGAGGCUGUGUCGGAGAGAGGGAAUGCGAGGCGGGGAGGGAAGGCAGCAGAGAGAGGUGCUGCUGGGCUUGGGAGGGAUGGUCCAGUGCAAGUAACGGAUGUGCUUGUAGGGGAGAAUGCUGCAGCAAGGGGCGUGGCAGCAGGGGGUGUUGCAGCAGGGGGUGCGGCAGCAGGGGGUGCGGCAGCAGAGGGUGCGGCAGCAGGGAAUGGGAGUGCGGCAGCAAGGGGUGGAAAUGCGGCGGAAGAGGGUGGGAGUGCAGGAGGAGGGAACAGGACGAGGGUGACUGGAGCAGUGUUUGGGAAAGGCGCGUUUCAAGCCACGUGGGGCAGCUUGCAGCAGCGCAUAGAUCUUCAGCAGUGGGUCAAGACGUCCACCGCUCUGCACCGCUACAAUGCAGGGCAAGAGAAGGAGUCAGCACCUGUCGAGAUAAGCCCUGUCCAGAUAACGCCUGCUGGGGCAGGCAUGACCUGCAAGCUGCCGACCAGCGUUGUGGUAACCGGCUCGCUUGACUGCACCGACAGUGCCUCCUUCUGCUCCGCGCUUCAGUCCUCCCUGCAGCGAAUGUGCUGCUGCCACGUGGCGCUUCUGGAGCCUCAUAGCUUCGGCGGGGGAGGGCAGGCAGAGAGUCAAGCUGUGUUGAGCGUACAGAAGCAACUGACUGGGAAGGCAGGAAAGGUCCCUGACAUGGCAACCCUCUCCGCAUGGCGCCACCAAACACACACCAGUGAUGGCGGCGUGGGUAGCACUGCGGGCUUCAGCGAUGGUGGUGUGUGCUCCAUUGCGGUGGUGGUGGCAGACGCACCUGCGUGCAGCACCAGCGCGCUGCAUGCCCUUAUCAGUGUCCUCAGGUCAGUGUGUUCCAUGCUCUCCGCUCUUGUCACCAUGUCCCUGCUUCCCUUCCCCUCCCAUUUCCCCACAUCAACCCCCCCUCGCCCGACCGUCCUCCUCCAUCUGUCCUCAGAAACCCUUUCAUUGGCUUGCUUCUCCAAGAAAGAUCAAGUGCUGCUGUCUCACAUCCUGUCUCACCUCUCGUCCUGCCCCUCUCACCGCCUCUUCCCCCUCUCCCUCAUUCCCCCUCUCCACCCCUCUUCCCCCUCUCCCCACUCCCCCUCUCACCCUCGUGCUGUCUCGCCUCCCUCCAGGCCCUCCUUCACUACCACUUCUUCAGCGCCCCCUCGUUCACCAGAGGGGGUGCAUCUUACCCUCCUCAUGGCCCACCCUCUCAUCCUCCCCCCUCUCCCCUUCUCCCCCUCUGUACCUCUCGCCUCCCUCCAGGCCCUCCUUCACUACCACUUCUUCAGCGCCCCCUCGCACACCACAGGGGAUGCGUCUUACCCUCCUCCUGGCUCUGCCCUCCACAGCACUGCUGCAGUGCCACCUGCAUCAGCUGCACCUGCCUCUGCCGCACCUCCCCCAGUUGCGCCUCCCCUUCUCAGCCAAUGGGCAUCCGCUGUUCAGUGCUUGCAGCGAGUGGUGCAGGCGACCAAUGCACUGGCGAGGCAAGAGUUGUAUGAGGCGGAGAGGAGGCAUGUGGGGAAGGAGAAAGUCAACGGGCAUUCAGAAAGGCUGCGGAAAAUGCCAGGAGAAGCAGGGGAUGCAGGAGAAGAGGGAGAGGUAGCUGAGUCAAGAGAGGAAGGAGGGGAUUGUGAGGUGGAGGAGGUUGCAAGAGGGCGAGAAACUGCGGGGAGGGGAGAAGGACAGGAAGGAGUGAAGGGGGAGGGAGGCCAGGGAAGGUCGAGGGGAGAGGAUGGAGAGUGCGCGUGGGAGGCGGGAGGGGAGGCCAGAGCAGCAACGGUGCUGGGGUGGCUGGAGCUUGCCUGUGCCAAACUGCCUGAGGUUGGGCUGGGUGCAGGAGGCCGGAGCAGUGAAGAUGCUGGGGUGGCUGGAGCUCGCCUGUGCGAAAGCUACCAGAGUGUCUCGUUGAGCCCGCUGCUGCAAUGUAACCAUUUGUCACCGCAGCCAUGCGUCCGUCCCUGUUGCGCUGCUAGACCUGGCAAUUCGUCAAAGGGAGGGUCAGCUGGGGCGGAUGGUUUGGGUGGGAAAGGUGCGAAAGGAGGGGCGGCAGGGGCGGGUGCUGCGAGCAUGGCUCAGAGGGGCUCCAGUGCUGCCAUGCGGAGAAGGGCCAUGCUGCUCCAAUCAGCGGCGGCACCACCUCCAUCAGCAGCAUCAAGCCACCCGGCAGCGCCCCGUCCUUCCCCACAGCCUGCAGCAGCCCCUCCUGCUGCCCCGAGAUCGCUGUGCGACCUGCUGCUGCCGCACGUGGCAGGGAAGCUGCAAGCUCUGCUCUCGUCUCUUGUGCG